UGUGCCCCGCAAGCCUCCCCAUCUACUCUCCAACUUUCCAAACACCGCCUGUCCCGGCUCAUCAUGAAUAAAACCUAUCCAAAGCGCACUCCUCAGCUCCCCUCUAACACUCUCCCACCGUCUCUCCUCCCCUCUAACCCUCCUCCAGAUAUCCCCGAUCCACUCCUCGCUGUCCUCGAAAACCGCAAUCACGCUCAUCAUCAGCACCCAAAACAUCAUCUUCCUCGCACUUUCCGUCUCCGGCCACACGUCGACCAAUUUCUCUUUUAAGCACCUCUCGAGCAUGCCUAAACGCACACAUUCGGCGAUGUGGUCGGUGAGCUUCCCGUCGAGCUCGAUGAGACGGACCUGAAUUGAGUAGAUGGACUGGUGAAACAUCUCCGAGUCCAUGUGCGUUCCUCCUGCGACGUUUGCGUUCACGAGGUUAACGAAAUACCGCAUGUCAUUGUAGACGACUGUGAACUUUGGGAAAAUGGUGUUUGUGGUUGCGAAAGGGGGGAUGGAGGAGUCUUCGAGGACGGAGUAGAGAUGUGGUGGGAGGGGUUGGGAGCCCGAGAAAUAUGGCUGCCAGGAGGAUGGCUGGGCGGAGGUAUUGAGGUCUGUCCAGAUGGGUUUGUUGCCUGUGCAAAGACUGUAUGCUAGAUCGAGGCUGUGUGUGGUU